AUGAAAGUAGAAGAGCCAUGCAGUUACGCGCAGGUAGAUAUAAAGGAGAUCGAGGGAAUGGGGCCCGCGGAGGAGCCUAAGCCCAUUGCGCUGUAUGGGUUUGCCAAGAAUAUAAGAAUAGCAGGAAAAAAGAAAAUGUUCAUAGUGCUGCGGCAGGGUCUAGGCACCAUACAGUGCGUGUGCAGUGCGCAGGAAGGCGAGGCAGGGAAAUGCCAGCAGGAGUCGUACAUACGUGUUGAGGGCCUGCUGACAAGCACAAAAACCCCAAUUACCUCAUGCACAGUCAAGCAUGUUGAGGUGCAGGCAAAGGCAGUGACAGUUCUGUCAGCCUCAAAAGACCUUCCUUUCCAGCUGAAGGACCUUGAGUGGCAGCACAACGAGAGAGCACAGGACUCGCAGCUGCCAGUUGUCAACCAGUCUAAGAGGCUUGAUGCCAGAUAUAUUGAUCUGCGGUCAUCUGAGACACAGAGCAUUUUCCGGGUGUACUCUGCAGCACUCAGCCUGUUUAGAGAGUAUUUGUCAGAUAGGAUGUUCAUAGAAAUAAAAACCCCAAAGAUCCUGAAAGGUGCCUCGGAAGGAGGAUGCGAGGUCUUUCCCGUGAGCUACUUUGGACAGCCAGCAACUCUGGCGCAGUCACCCCAGCUAUACAAGCAAAUGGCCAUCAUUGGAGGGCUGGAGAGGGUUUUUGAAAUUGCCCCAUGCUUUAGAGCAGAGAACUCUAACACGGGCAGGCACUUAACAGAGUUUACAGGGGUUGAUAUCGAGAUGGAACUAAAGGACAAGACAUAUGUUGACCUGGUGAAGUUCAUAUAUGGAAUGAUCAAGCAUGUGUCAGAUGGUGUGCAGGCUAGAAGCCAGAGGGAGCUGGGCGUGAUCAAAGAGAUCACAGGAGCAGAGAAUCAGACAGUCAUUCCAGAGGAGCCUGUUGUGAUUACUUUCCGAGAAGGAAUAGACAUUCUGCGCAGCAUAGGUAGAGAGGCAUCCUACACAGAAGAUAUUGGAACUGAAGACGAGAAGGCCUUGGGUGGCGAGGUUAAGAAGAGAUUUGGAAGUGACCUAUUUGCAAUGAUAGAGUAUCCAGAGAGCGCGCGCCCCUUUUACACAAGCCUAGUCCCAUCAAACAAGGGAUACACGCAGUCAUUUGACUUUAUUCUGAAGGGAGAAGAGAUCACAUCAGGCGCAGAAAGAAUAAACACUCCAGAGGUGCUUAGAGAAAGAGUCCUUGCAAAGGGCAUGACUAUUGAUGGAGUGAAGGACUAUAUAGAUGCCUUUGAGUAUGGAGCACCAAGGCAUGGAGGGUGCGGAAUAGGAUUUGAAAGAGUUGUGAAGCUUCUGACAGGCUGCACGGAUAUUCACAAGUGCUCAAUGUUCCCAAGAGACCCAAAGAGGCUGCAGCCAUAG